AUGCGGCUUGACGCAAUCUCGAGCGACCAAUACCCACUUGCUAAGUCGAAUCGCCGCGUCGAAAGCCACCUCGCUGCUGGAGAUAUCGCGCGUGACGUCGCCACUCACACUGCCUUUGAGAAGAGGGGGGUGCGUAGCGCGUCGCCGCUCACAGUGCCAUCUAUCCUUGGCGGGCACUGCCGCUCUCCACUCCCUCCCUCUUGCUCCCCGUACUUUCCAGACUCUUCCCUUUUUCUUGUCUGCGCCAUCAACAUGGUCAACUGCAUUGACCGGGGGAAAGGCCAUCGCCCGCAACAAGAGGGUCUCCUCGUACUCGUCUGCGCCAUCAACACGGUCAACUACAUCGACCGGGGGAGCCUCCUUCUCCUCUUCUGCUCCAUCAACAUGUUCAACUACAUACAUCCACAGAGGGGCCAUCGCCAGCAGCAUGAGAGUCAAGUGUACCAUUCUCAUCCUCCCUUCUCCUCCCGUGACCCGUCCAUUCCCCUCCCUCAUUCGCCCAGCCUGCUCCUGCUCUUCUGCGCUAUCAACAUGGUGAACUACAUUGAUCGAGGGGCCAUCGCCAGCAACGGAAUCAACGGCUCUCCAUCGCACUGCCAGGGGGACGUCUGUGACUCUGGCAGCGGCAUUCAGGGUGAUUUUGCUCUUUCCAACUUCCAGGACGGCUUGCUAGCCACGGCCUUCCUGGUGGGGCUCCUCACCGCCUCGCCUCUCUUCGCGCAUGCCUCCAAGCGCCACAACCCCUUCCGCCUAAUCGCUCUCGGCCUCCUCGUCUGGACGCUCGCGGUGGCCGGCUGCGGGCUAUCUCCAGGCCUGCUCUCCCUGCUGCUGUGCCGCAUGCUCGUAGGUGUAGGAGAGGCGUCGUUCAUCAGCCUAGCAGCGCCCUUCAUAGACGACAAUGCCCCACCAGGCAAGACAGCGCAAUGGCUUGCGACCUUCUACCUUUGCAUCCCGGUCGGCUUUGCCCUCGGCUAUCUCUACGGGGGGGUGGCGGGCCCGCUGCUGGGAUGGAGGGGAGCGUUCUUAUUGGAAGCUGUUUUCAUGCUGCCGUUUGUGGUCUACACUGCCACUGCUGAUCCUCCUCCCCUCAAAGGCAGGACGCACGCCCAUGGAAGUGCUGCUGCUGAUAAUGAUGAGGAGAGGGCGGAGGGGGCACCAUCGCUGGCAGCGUCGUCACAUACUGAGGUGGCUCCGCAGUCGAAGCAUAGCGAAGGGUCUCUGCUGGACGACUCGCUUUCUCUCGCUCGCAACGACAUCUUCACCAUCAAUGUCCUCGGUUAUGCGGCCUAUACAUUCGUGAUUGGCGCGUAUGCCUACUGGGCGCCCAAGGCAAUGAGGGAAAUCUUCAAUGAGGAGAGGGCGGAUGCACUCUUUGGAGGCAUCACGGUGGUCACUGGCGUGGGCGGCACGCUGUUCGGCGGUCUCAUGCUGGACCGCAUGGGAGCCACCAUCCCCAACGCGCUGCUGCUGCAAUCCCGGGUGACAGUGGUGGGAGCUAUUUUCUGCCUCCUUGCCUUCGCCUCGCCACACAUCACUCUCUUUGUCGUCUUCAUGGCUGUCGGGGAGUUCUUCAUCUUCGCCAUCCAGGGACCAGCCAACAUAGUGUCACUGCAGUGCGUGCCAUCAAACCUCAGAGCCCUCGCAAUAGCCGCUGCAACCGUCGUUGCUCACCUGCUAGGGGACGUGCCCUCGCCGCCCAUCCUCGGCCUCCUCCAGGACAUGGUGGGCAACUGGCGCAUCAGCAUGGGGAUGUUCACAGCCGUGCUUCUCCCUGCUGCAGCCUUAUGGGCUCAUGGUGCGACCCUGGUGGUGCCUCCCUCUCACCGCAACAGACCGUUCAACCCAUCCUCCACUCCUCCGCAUCUUCCUAACCCCCCCUUCACUAUCUCUCCUCUGCAUGCUUCAUCUUGCUUACCUCCCUUCCAAAUUCUUUUCUUCCUUCGCAACCCCUGCAGGCGCAAUCCUGGUGGUGCCCCCCUGACCCUUCAACACAAUCCUUUCCAAUCUUCCAUUGUGUUUCUCUGCAGGUGCAACGCUGGUGGUGCCUUCCUCUCAGGACAACCCAACCAUUCAUCCCAUUCUCUAUUCCAACUCCUCCUCACCCCCUGUCACUAUCUCCCCCUGACACACUUCAUCUCGCUUACCUUCCUUCCUACCCCUUCUACUGCUCAACCCCUCCAGGUGCAACACAGGUGGUGCCUCCCUCUCACCACAGCAAGACCAUUCAACCCAAUCCCCUCUCUUCCAUUCUUUUCCUCUGCAGGUGCAACGCUGGUGGUGCCUUCCUCUCACGACAAUCAAACUAUUCACCCCAUCCUCCACUCCAGCUCCUCUUCACCCUCCACUUUCUCCCCCCUGCAUGCUUCAUCUUGCUUACCUUCCUUCCAAAACCCCUCCUCCCUCUCAACCCCUGCAGGUGCAACGCUGGUGAUGCCUUCCUCUCACGACAAUCAAACUAUUCACCCCAUCCUCCACUCCAGCUCCUCUUCACCCUCCACUUUCUCCCCCCUGCAUGCUUCAUCUUGCUUACCUUCCUUCCAAAACCCCUCCUCCCUCUCAACCCCUGCAGGUGCAACGCUGGUGGUGCCUUCCUCUCACGACAAUCAAACUAUUCACCCCAUCCUCCACUCCAGCUCCUCUUCACCCUCCACUUUCUCCCCCCUGCAUGCUUCAUCUUGCUUACCUUCCUUCCAAAACCCCUCCUCCCUCUCAACCCCUGCAGUGCCACUACUAGUGGCGUUGGCACCAGUGUUGGCACCGGUACGAGCAUCGACAGCCCAAUGA